CUUUCACACAAUGACUUCCCUGCAAGCUCCCGCUAACCGAAAAAAUUUCCAUGUUGCCAUCAUCUGCGCUCGGUCUAGGGAAGCCAAUGCAGUCAUGUUACUCUUUGAUCAGUUUUGGGACGGGGAGCGAGAUCAAUACGGCCGAGCCGAUGGAGACGAAAACCACUACAUCACCGGUUGCAUUGGAGGCCAAAACGUUGUUUUGGCUGUUCUCCCAGAUAUGGGCGCCAAUAAUGCAGCGGCGGCAACUGCCAGCUUACGAUCAAGCUACACCAGUCUCAGGCUUGCUCUCCUCGUCGGUAUCUGUGGAGGAGUCCCUCGCAUUGAACGCUUGAACUUGAAUGUAUAUCUGGGCGACGUCGUUGUGAGUAAGAGCAUUAUUCAGUAUGACUAUGGCAGGCAGUAUGCAGGACACUUUGCUAUUAAGAAUACUGUCGAAAAUAGCCUUGGAAAGACUAAUAAAGAUAUCCAAAGUCUCCUUGCAGUCUUGAGAACGGAGGAAAUGGGGGAAAGGCUUCAGAAUGAAACUUUAAAGCACUUACAGCAUCUGCAGGAGGAGGCUAUAAGGAAGCGACACCGGGCCGAUUAUCGCUAUCCCGGAGCAAUCAAAGACAACCUAUAUUCUCAGAAACACGUUCACCAACACAGAAUCGCGUGUGACUUGUGUGCGGCGAAUAAAUUUUGCAAGUCGGCUUCCGAGGCGUCGUGUGUCGAGGCUGGGUGCAGUUCGACCGAAAUCGUUGCGAGAGAUGUUGUGGGAGAUCGUGUUGUCAAGAAUGGCAGCUUCAGCCCCGAGAUCCAUAUUGGCAAAGUAGGGUCGGGCAAUACUAUCAUGAAGAGCGGCAGUGACCGUGAUCAAAUCGCCGCCAGGCAUAACAUCAUUGCAUUCGAGACGGAAGGCGCCGGAGCCUGGGACGAAGUUCCGUGUAUCGUCAUAAAGGGCAUCUCGAACUAUGCAGAUAGCCAUAAAAAUAAAGACUGGCGAGACUUUGCGGCAGCUACUGCUGCGUCGGUGGCAAAGGCGAUUUUGGGAAGAUACAUAAUUCGCGACGGAGAACGUGUCUCAACCCAAAAUCAACAAAGCCAGAUAAGGGGACAGGAUAUGUCAUCCAACUCCUUUGAAAAUGGGACUUGGAUCAACCAGGGUAAGGUGGGGGGAUAUUUAAGGGGUCUACGGAAUCCAGAUUUCACUAGCGUCUAUGGUGCGACAUCGGUAGAUGUGUGCUACAGGUGCGAUAUACCGGGUCAUGGAUACAAACGCUGUUAUGCGUCAGACGAGACCGUUCGCCGAGGACGAGAAGCUAGGGCUGAGGAAGGACGCUGCCAGUACUGCGGGCAAUUCGGCCACCAGCAACCUAACUGUUGGCAACGAAAGUAUUAACAGCCAGCUCUGAUGCUACAGGAUCAGGGAUUAUUUCACGAAGCCUUACAGCUAUGUAUGUGUUGAGGGAAGGCAGUGUGUUUAAGCGCUCCGACACCAACGACCUGUUAUAAUUGCAGAUAACAGGGUAGUGAAACCAUGGUCGUUAAAUACGGCCUUGCAUAUGCUUUAGCAUAAAAAUUAAGAAAACACGCC